UGAAUUGGGGAUAGGAACGGAAUACGACUCUACGGUGCUUUAUGCCCGGCGAGGAAGGAGGAUCGUCAGGUACGGGAAUGUGAAGGAGUAUAUAUACUGGUCGAACGACGAUCAUUCCCUCUGUUAUCUAGCAGUAGAUCACAAUCCUCUAGACACCAUUCAAAUCGUGCCUCAUACCCAGCCAAAACUAUGAAGUUCCUCACACUCCUACCCCUCGUGGCUGCUCUCGCAUCCGCGGCCGUCCUCCCCGUAGUCGAGGAGCGCGCCGCGCAAGCCGCUACGACAUGCGGGUCGACCUAUUACAGCGCCAACGCCGUGAACUCAGCCGCGCAAAAGGCAUGCAGCGACUCUCAAGCCGGCAGUGCUCCGGGUGGUUACCCGCACACGUACAACAACUACGAGGGUUUCUCGUUUUCCGUGUCUGGGCCUUAUCUCGAAUUCCCGCUAUUAUCUAGUGGCAGCGUAUACACUGGCGGCUCGCCGGGUGCCGAUCGUGUCGUUAUUAACACAUCCUGCAAACUUGCGGGUGAGAUCACCCAUACCGGAGCUAGCGGUAACAAUUUCGUCGGUUGCUCUGGGACAUCUUAGAUGAGGCUUUCGAGUGGCUUGUGUGGGGGUCAUCUGGGUCGUCAGGAAUUCAUAGGUUGCAUGGUAUAUAGUAAAUAAAGUCCGAACUAAAUCAUUCCCUAUGUGGCGGCUUGCGUCUUGGGUAUAUACUUGAUUCUCCUCUUGGUGGCUUCGGAAAAGAUCCUGACCGCCAC